AGUCAAAUGUCAAGUCCCACAUCAAAGCAGGAAAGUCCCAAAUCAAGUCUCCAGUCACGACAGGCCGGUCCUAAGUCGACCCCCGAGUCAAGAUUAACAAGUCCGACACGACGUGAGAGAUUUGAGUCUUGAGAUGCGUCUGUGUUUUAUCUUGUACCUGGAUUAACAAUUAUAUAAAUGUAUGUUCAUGCCGUAUUUUUUUCUUUUCAAUCAAUGUGAAGGCCUGUGAAUUUGAGGCUGCGAGAUGCACAUCUUCCAAAGUACAGACCGUUUAAUUUACCUUAAUUUAAGGAAACGUGAAUACAUAAAAAAAAUGUAAUCCACUUUAUACUUUUGAAAGAAACUUUUUACAUGAGAAGAACUACUGGAACCCAAAGCUGUUUGAGCAAGACUACGUUGAAUUGUUUUCUAUACAAUCACAGGAGGAUUUAACAUUUUUCCAACAUCUGGAACUGAGGUUUAGUAGAGCGUAGUCCUCUUAUCUCUAUUUGCUAACCUGUUUGCUCAGAGAAGUAAAAGGAAAAAAAAGAGUAAUUUAUCGCACAGUAAAUUCUCCUAGAUGUUCCCAGUUCCUUGUAACUGCGUCCACCUGGCUUUUGAUUGAUUCAUAACCUUCAGGAUUGGGACGUCUGUAUGUGUUAGACCUAUCCGUCUCGCAGAGGAUAGUCGGUCGACGAUUAUAAACAGAUAAAACAAUAUAAAAAUACAAAAAUGACAUUACUGCUGGAUCUGUGAGAAAUCUCGAGGCCCUUUCACCUCGUAACCCCAGUUUGAGGUUUUUAUGAUUUGCUCGUUGUCUAUUUCCAAAUGAACCGGUUUGAAUGAAGAGCGCUCUGCACAUGUGAGAGCAAAGAGAGCUGAAGCACGGAAUGACAUUUCAUAGAGAGAAGUUCAAGUGGGGCCACAGGCCAUAGACGACAUGCACUGAUAAACAUCUGGUAGCGACAGACGUGUUCACUGACCAUGCACAUGUUCUCCUUCUCUAUCUUCUGUAGCAGCUCAAUCAGCCCACGACCACCGCAUGCCGUGUUUAAAGUGUUAUUCGAUAAGAAUGCCAACAAUUGCAUCUUGAAUUGUAAGUGUCUUGACAGCAGCACAGUUUCCGACCGUCCUUGAAUGCAGCACAGGCCGGAGCCGCACACAGAGCUGCACACAGAGCUGCACACAGAGCUGCAGUGAAGUAGACAUCCAGCACUACUCAGGCUUCCCCGGGCUGUGAGUGAAGGUCUGUGAGCCUGAACUGAGACCUGAGCUGGACCUGAGAGCGGAUCAGUCAUGACUGCAAGGACCCAGGGAGCGACGGGCCGGGACAAACCAGAGCCAAAGAGCCGGGCAUCAGAGGUGCUGCUGAGGCUGAGGAGAGCUCUGGGGCUGGUACUGGGCAUGCUCAGUCUCUCCCUGCUGCUGCUGGUGCUCGGGGUCUACGCAACGACUCGGACCGAGAGCCUGAAUGUGUCCGGCUACGUCUCCGGUGUUAUUCUCACGCUUGGCUCAUUCCUGGGACUUGUAGGACUCCUCCUGGAAGAAAACCGCAAACAGCUGCUGACGGCUGCCAUCGUAUUUCUCAGUUUCGGGAUCAUCUCCUCUUUCGUGUGCCUGGUGAUUGAUGGCGUCUGCAUUGCGCUAAGCAUGGACAUGCGUCCCCUGAAGGCACAGAGAUGCCAGUAUUACAGCAGCGGUGGCAGCUUCGUCUACGAGAACUUCUACACCUCCGUGUCGUGUUGGAGUCCAACGGAGUCCUGCAGCCUGACAGUAAAAAGCGGGACCUGCUACUGCUGCGACCUGUACGACUGCGCCAAUGGGGGAUACCUCAGCAACUACUACGAGUUCGCGGGAGUGCGCAGCUGUGAGGACGUUUUCACGCUGUACAUUUUGAUCUGGACCCUCGCCGGCCUGAACCUCGUGGCCUUCUUCGCAGGCAUCGUCACCACGGCGGUGCUGGGUAGCCUCAAAGACCUGAGGAGCAGCGGCCCUGUGAUGGAUCCUUUUGAGAGGACAGCCUCCUCUCCGACAGCUCCUCUGCUGACAGACCCCAACACACACCCAGUUCACCCGCUCCACCCGGGAGCCGCGAUGUAUUUCGCAGAAGGAGCCGCCGCCGCCUCCCAGAGUUUCCCCUCGUCGUCGACUCGUCAGACCGAGUCCGGCCCUCCUGCCUUUGCAGGACAAUAUUGUCGACAAUAUUAAAAGAAGGAUGUUGGUCUGAAUAUUACUCAGAAAUGCAGGUUUUUUUGUGUGCAAAUAUUACAACAUAACUCACUGCGUUGUGCUCAAACAUAUAUUAUUAUUAUAAAAGUAGAAUUAUUUAAAUGAAUACAAGCAGAAUUAGAAUAUUGGUCUAUAAUAGAAUCAUACAAUAGUUCAAUUUGACUUUUUUUACUUUUGCAUUGUUUAUUGUCACUUUCUAAUCACCAAACCAAAUACCUUGUACGUGUAAUGUAUUUGCCAAUAAACUCUUCUCUUCUCU